AGAGCCUGCAAUAAUAUCCGGGAGGAAGGCAAGGAAACAUGAAGACUAUGAUAACAGUUUUAUUUUUUGUCCUCUUGAGCUUCCAGUCAGGUGAAACGAAUGAAUGGGAAACUGUGUAUGUGAUCUAAUGCUAUGUUAUGAUGUAGCACAGCAGAGGUGUUACUGGGGGGUGCUCUAUACGAUCUAGAAAGGUAAGUAGGAAACUAAUGAGAUGGGAUGAGGAGAUUAGUAGUCUCUCUCUCUCUCUCUCUCUCUCUCUCUCUCUCUCUCUCUCUCUCUCUCUCUCUCUCUCUCUCGUCGGCUGAAUGCGCACGCGCGGCGCUUGCCGCGCGCAUUCAGCCGGUCACAUAGGAAAGCAUUCAUAAUGCUUUCCUAUGGACGCUGGCGUGCUCUCACAGUGAGAAGCACGCAAGCGCCUCUAGCUGCUGUCAAUGCGACAGCCGCUAGAGGAAAUAGGGGAAGGCUUAACCCAUUUUUUCAUAAACAUAGCAGAGACAUGAUCUAUACACCAAAACUGCUUCAUUAAGCUACCGUUGUUUUGGUGACUAUAGUGUCCCUUUAAGAUACUUUCAAGAGAAUGUUAUGGAAUACCUGGCUGAGGGGCUGGAAUUCUGGAAAUAGAGGGUACAUAAUAAAGUCUUGCUUUGCGUUCAGGCCUCUCGUAUUAUUGGAAGCUAGCAACACCAUUGUAGCACAAUGAAUUGUAAGCUGGAUCUGUGUUUUUUUCAAUCCAAUACAGUUGAGAAUGUAGUGUGUGUAUCAAUUCUAUUACAAUCACUUGUUUGUUUGCUCUAUCCUUCUAUACCAUACCGAUGAUGCCCUACAUUCCAAUGUACAUGGGGAUAUACAAUACAAACUCCUGCAUAUAUUUUACCAAAGGAAAUUACUUUAAACCAAUUUAACUGGGUAUAAAACGUGUGUGGGAGGUUUGAGUCUCUGGUUGGGCAGAAUUGGGAAUUGCUAUAUGCACUCAAUGUCCAAUUCCCAUAGCUAGUGCAUGCUUGCCAGUGUUUAAUAUUUCUAUCUUUGAAAGACUUUAUCUACAUCCCGGUAGGCCGCCUGCCCUGGGGCCACAAGAGCUCAAAACCUCUGUCCGCGCCUGCCGCCGGGUAUGCACAUACACUGUGUGAUGUCAUAUCCGGUAGCUGCGCGGCGGCCCUACAGUGAACGCAGCCAGCCACUCCCCCUUCCUCUUGCUUGCAGUAUACCCUGCUAGAGCACUGAAGAUUGUGGAACUGGAGGAUCUGAUAAAACAACUGGUCAUUGUUGUGUGAUGUAUUCAAUUAGGCAAUGGGGGUUAGGAAGGGCAGUGUAUUGAAUUGGUGGAGGAGGGGGGGGGGCAGUGUAUUGAAUUGGGGGAGAUGGAGGGAGGAAGGGCAGUUUAUGAAAUUGAGGGAGUGUAUUAAAUUGGGGGACAGUAGGAGGGAAGAAGGGCAGUGUAAGACAUGUGAUGUGCUAAUAGUCUUUAAACUCCAUAAAACAUUUUUUAUUUUAAUUGUUUUCCUCUACAGCCUGAGCCCUUAUGCUCCUAUACACAACAGCCCAAUAAAUACAUACUAAAGCCCCUUAUACACACACAUAGCUGCCCUAAUGCAAACUCACUGCAGCCCCAUACACACUUCAGUCAAUACACCUAAACAUUAGCUACGCUUAUACGAAGACUACAGCCCCUAGAUACACACUACAUCACAUACACUAUCUUCUAGACUCAAACUAUAGACAAUAUACAAACACAAAUUGCCCUGUUCACACAAACUACACACAUUACAGCUCCUGUAACACUGUACAAUCCCUAGAUAUACACUCACUCCACCCUCUAGAAGAACUACAAAUACUCUUUCUCUUGUAUGGCAUGUUUCAAGUUGUUCCCCUGAAGAUUCUGGGUCUAAUUGGUUUUUUAAAAGGUGUCCUAAAAUAUCCUCCCAAGGGGAAAAAAAAAUUAUAAAUGCGUGCACUUUUAUAGUAGUUAUCUUCCAAACAGUGCCUUUUUAAUUUCUUGUAUCUUGGCAAUUGGAGUGUCCCUUUUUAAAGAGUUGAUUAUCUUUGCCAUGAAAGAGAGAGGUGCGUGGUUUUUAAUUUUUUAUUCAUUUUUUACUAACUGAACUUUUUACAGGUCAAUUUGGGAGACAAAACCUAUUUCUAAGGGGUUCAUGCAGCCAUUGGAGGUUGGUAGUGGGUGGGAUUUUGUGAUUUUUAUGAACUGUCAUACCGGAGUGACAGAGUAGCCUUCUGCUUUCUGUAUGUUGGAGCUGUGCUGUAAGGAAACAAUGUAUCCUGAUCCUUUUAUUGGUUAAUUGUAAUUGGUGAUCCCUCCUGUCUACCGCCAUAAUACAGUAAUGUUUAACCUCUAUUUGUCUUCCAGGUCAUUCAUUAGAAUGCUUCCAAUGUGACUAUGGAACCUGUCUUAUAAAAUAUAAAGCGGUCUGUGGACUUAUGCAGUCGUGCAUAACCUAUACCUCCACAAUUGGUAAGGAAUAUCUGCUUUCUGUUCUUUCAUUAGAGGUGUGUGUGUGUGUGUGUGUGUGUGUGUUCCAAAAAGUUACCGGCACUCACGGUUUUCUCAAUUAGUAUUUCUUUAUUCCAAAAUAGAUAUCGACGUUUCAGCUCCUCAAUGAGCUUUCAUCAGGACAUAAAAGUUUUAUGUCCUGAUGAAAGCUCAUUGAGGAGCUGAAACGUCGAUAUCUAUUUUGGAAUAAAGAAAUACUAAUUGAGAAAACCGUGAGUGCCGGUAACUUUUUGGACUAUUUAAAUUUGCAACCAGAGCACCAGGUAUUUAUACACUUGUAAGGUUGGAGUGCAGGAAUUAUAUUUUUUAUAUAUAUGGUAUUUCUUGUCCGUCACGAUUUGAUUUAUAGUAAUAGUUGCAUAGAAUGUUCCACCACACAAGAGGAAGGGGUUUAGCCCUUAACUGUGUACAAAGCGAAAAAAGGUAGUGGUGAGAUACGUAUUAACUUGUAUUGCUAAAGUUAAAAAUGGUUUCCUCCUGUAGGGAUACUAUCACAAUAGUGCACAAAAAAAUAGUAAUGGUAAUAUUCAAAUGAAAAAAUAAAAUUUUUAAAUUUAUCGCCUGAAGCGAAUACUAAAUAUAAGCAGACUAUCCUAAAAGUAUCUUGUUUAACGCCUUAACCCUUAAGGACCAAACUUCUGGAAUAAAAGGGAAUCAUGUCAUGUGUCCUUAAGGGGUUAGAGUAUGUGGAUAACAAUGUUACCAAUGAGCCUCUAGAUGUCACUCAACAGUUAAGUGUUGCUAUCUAGUAACCGAAAUUCUGUAAAAGGAAUAAAGUUCACAAACUUGUCCCUACAUAUUUGUCAUCCGGCACAUACUCCGCCCUUUACUCCAGCAAUAAAAAAAAAAUUAAUAAAUGGCCCACUAUGCUCCACCAUGUAGGAGAACUUCCAACAGAAAUGGUAUAAGUAUCCCCCAAAUCAGAGGCUGAAAUAUUUACAAGUUAUCAAGAGUUCAAGUGGUCUGAGAACCUCCUAGUUUAAGAGAUCCAUCAAUAUAAACCUGACAGCCAUUCCCGGGAUCAUCAGGAGAGCUGGGGUGGUCUCUUUCGUCCAGUCAGCAUGAUCCUUGAUUAGCCGCCAGUGGGGUAUAUCCACUAAGAUCCUCCAAAAUACCUCAGUUGAGCUGAUAAAUACAAACUGAAAAUCUAUGAAAAGGAUAAAUGUGCCUGUAAAUAUGUAGCUGAAAUUAAUCAUUAAAUUAGGGAAGCAUAUAAAGGUGAUCAUACAUUACUGUUGAAAUCUUGGUCAUGAUGGAAAGGGAGGGCAACUUCCAUGUUAAGAAUGCCACCUAGGAACCAAUCAGUGAGGGUUUCCGAGAGCAGCCCUAAGGAAUGUUCACUUUGACACUAUAUUUGAUGUAUUGUAAUAAAUUUAAACUGUCUCUAUUUCAGUGGGAGUGUCUCUAAAGAAGAGAGGUUGUGCAACCCCAGUUGAGUGUGCAACUGAAGUGUCUAAAACUUUUCUUGGUGCAAAUGUCAAAACAACUGCCCACUGCUGUUUCACUGACUUCUGUAACUCUGCCGUCGUCCCCAGGCUGUCUGCAGUCACUGGAAUAGCUGUUCUGGUUGUCCUGUGGUUGGUUGGAUAAUCCAGAGUCUGAGAAGAUGGAGCGUAGAGAAUCCUCAAUCUGCUAUCACUAACUCCACCCGCUUUCUACACAAUGCCAACAAUUAAUGUCACUUGGAAAUCCUGUUUCUUUUCAUCCUUUUGCAUUGACAUGUGAUCUAAAGCAAAUCUAGAAGCAGUUUACCAUGCUGUGUCCUCCAACUUCAUUUUUUUUUUUUUUCUCUAUGCUUUUCAGAAUCUCUCCCCCAUGUAUGUUAUCCCUUUCUUAAUCAUGACUGAUCUCUAUAAUAUUUGGUCACUGUAUAAUUAUUAUUCGCUGUUUAGUCCAUGUUACCUGUGUGCACAACAUCCUUACUUUCUCACUGGCUCUUCUCAAAUCUUUCCAGCAAGUGAAGAAUCA